AUGUGUGGCAUCUUCGCCUGUCAUCGUCACCCCGACGUUCAAAAGUUCAAGCCGACUGCGCUUAAGCUUGCCAAGCAGAUCCGACACCGUGGUCCCGAUUGGAGCGGCAGUAUCAUUUCCAACCACACCAUCCUCUGCCAUGAGCGUCUUAGCAUUGUCGGUGUUGAGUCUGGUGCUCAGCCCCUGACCAACGCCGACGAUAGCAUCAUCCUCGCCGUCAACGGUGAGAUUUACAACCACCGUCUGAUCCGAAGACACCUCAAGGAGCAGUACCACUUCAAGACCACUUCGGACUGCGAGGUCAUCAUCCCCUUGUACACCGAGUUCGACACCGAUGCUCCCAACCACCUCGAUGGCAUGUUCUCUUUCGUGCUCUACGACAAGAAGCAAGAUCGCACCAUUGCCGCCCGCGACCCCAUCGGCAUCACCACCUUCUACCAGGGUUGGUCCUCCAAGGAGCCCGGCACCGUCUACUUCGCCUCCGAGCUGAAGUGCCUGCACACCGUUUGCGACAAGAUCGUCGCUUUCCCUCCCGGCCACGUCUAUGACUCCAAGACCGGCGAGACCACUCGCUACUUCAACCCCUCGUGGUGGAACCCCGCCAAGGUGCCCGAUACCCCCGUGGACUACAAGGUCCUCCGACAUGCGCUCGAGAAGGCUGUCCGAAAGCGUCUCAUGGCCGAGGUUCCCUUUGGUGUUCUUCUGUCGGGUGGUCUCGACUCCAGUUUGACUGCCGCUAUUGCCCAGCGUGAGGUGACAAGACUGCGAAAACAGGCUCUCGAGGCCAACGGCAACGUUUUCCCUACCGAGAACGCCGACACUGGCGAGGGCCUCGUCGGUAUCGACGAUGACGACCACAUCGACACCCUCACCUACCUUCCCCAGCUCAACUCCUUCUCCAUCGGUCUGCCCGGUUCUCCCGAUAACAAGGCUGCCCUUGAGGUCGCCAAGUUCCUCGGUACCAAGCACCACGUCAUGACCUUUACCAUUGAGGAUGGUCUCAACGCUCUUUCCGACGUCAUCUACCACCUCGAGACCUACGAUGUCACCACCAUCCGAGCCUCUACCCCCAUGUACCUGCUUUCGCGCAAGAUCAAGGCCAUGGGUAUCAAGAUGGUCCUGAGCGGCGAGGGUAGCGACGAGAUCUUUGGAGGUUACCUUUACUUCCACGCUGCCCCCAACCGGGAGGCCUUCCACGAGGAGACUGUCCGCCGCGUCAAGAACCUGCACCUGGCUGACUGCCUGAGAGCCAACAAGUCGACUUCCGCCUGGGGUCUUGAGGCCCGUGUGCCUUUCCUCGACAAGGAGUUCCUCGAGACUUCGAUGAACAUUGACCCCAAGGAAAAGAUGAUCACCAAGGACAGACUCGAGAAGUACAUCAUCCGAAAGGCCUUUGACACCAGCGACGAGCCCGGCGAGGAGCCUUACCUGCCCGACAAGAUCCUGUGGCGACAGAAGGAGCAGUUCUCCGACGGUGUCGGAUACGGCUGGAUCGAUGCGCUCAAGGACAACGCCGAGGCCCACGUGACGGACGAGAUGAUGAAGAACCCCAAGCCUGAGUGGGGCGACGACAUUCCCGACACCAAGGAGGCUUACUGGUACCGAUGCAUGUUCGAUGAGCACUUCCCUCCCCACUGCGCAUCAACGGUUAUGCGCUGGACGCCCACCUGGUCCAAGCAGUCGGACCCCAGUGGCCGAGCCAUCUCCAUCCACAACGCCAAGUACGACAACGCGGCUUAA